GGACGCAGAGCACACAGCAUUCAUGCCCGCCUCCUAAAACUUAAACUCUCGUUAUAUGAUAUAUAUGAUCUAGGCAAGGCAACAACAAGGAGAACACUUUAAGUAAAUAAAUUGUUUUAAUAUAUAAAUAGGGCAAAAUGAAAGGAUCUCGGGCCAUGGAGCUACCAGAAGACUUUUGGAUACCUGUUCCGCUGGACACCAACAACAUCACGUCAAUGAGUCCAUUCCUGGUUCCUCAGGACCACCUGGGGAGCUCGUCCGUCUUCUAUGGCAUGGCAGCAUUCAUGUUCUUCGUUUUCAUUUUUGGCACUUCCAUAAACGUCCUCACCAUUGCAUGCACUGCCCAAUACAAGAAGCUCCGGUCCCACCUUAACUACAUCCUGGUGAACUUGGCCGUGGCAAACCUCCUCGUGGCCGGCGUGGGCUCUUUCACUGCGUUCUGCUCAUUUGCAUGCAGAUAUUUCAUCUUUGGAGCACUAGGAUGCAAGAUUGAAGGUUUUCUGGCAACGCUUGGAGGUAUGGUGAGCCUGUGGUCUCUUGCUGUGGUAGCUUUUGAAAGAUGGCUGGUUAUCUGCAAGCCAAUGGGUAACUUUAUUUUCAAGCCUGACCAUGCUAUAGCUUGCUGUGCAUUCACCUGGGUGUUUGCACUGAUGGCUUCACUUCCUCCACUUUUCGGAUGGAGCAGGUACAUCCCAGAGGGCCUGCAGUGCUCUUGUGGUCCAGACUGGUACACCACAAACAACAAAUACAACAAUGAAACCUACGUCAUGUUUCUCUUCGGGUUCUGCUUCGCUGUGCCCUUCUCCACCAUCGUCUUCUGCUACUCUCAGCUCCUCAUUACGCUGAAAAUGGCAGCAAAGGCCCAAGCAGAGUCUGCCUCCACCCAGAAGGCAGAGCGCGAGGUGACCAAGAUGGUGGUGGUCAUGGUGCUGGGCUUCCUGGUGUGCUGGUUGCCUUACGCCUCCUUUGCUCUUUGGGUUGUGAACAACCGUGGGCAAUCCUUCGAUCUCAGGAUGGCGACCAUACCUUCCUGCCUCUCGAAGGGCUCUACAGUCUACAACCCUGUUAUCUAUGUUCUCUUCAAUAAACAGUUUCGUUCAUGCAUGAUGCAGAUGCUGGGUAUGGGUAGUGGAAGUGAUGAAGAAAGCUCAACAUCACAAUCAGUGACUGAAGUCUCCAAAGUUGGUCCUGCUUAGACUGAACAUCGGACUAGACAGUACUGAUUUUGAAUUGUAAAUAAGAAUACAUGUAAGUGUGUUUUGUCAUAUGAAUAAGUAUAUAUGGGAUGUUGCUAUUCAAGUAAGACAUCUAAAUAAAUAUGCAAAGUGAAAAACGAACAUUAAAACAUUUAUAUAUAGACUCUG